GCGAUGUCAGGGACGCGACGCGGAGUUGUUUACUUCGCGCACAUGCGGCAGAGGAGCCAGGGAAGGAAGCACGGCCUCCAAAAGACUCCCAGCACCUCCUGCCGCGCCACCCGAGCACCAAAGAGGAUACCUUUGACCCCGCCUCCGCACAAGAGCUACAGUGAACCUCCGCCAUGGGGGACGAGCAGAACAACCACAACGGCGAGGCUGAGAGGAAGGACGAGGACGUGGGUGCUGAGGGGGACGAGACCACGGAUGACGAAGGGGGUGUGGACACACCGCCUCCUCAGGACAGGGACGAGGAGGACCUGCAGCCCGAUGAAGAAGGCAACUAUGAG